AUGGCGGACGGCGGGGCAGCUGCCGCGCAGCAGGAAGGGGAAGUAUCGGCGGCGACCGGCGGCGGCCGGAGGGAUCGGCAGCCCCGGAGCGGCGGCCGCCCGCCCAGCGCCCGGGAUUUGCAGUUGGCCUUGGCAGAGUUAUACGAAGAUGAAGCUAAAAGGCAGUCAUUGUGUCCUGACAAACCAACAACUACAAAGAUUAGUAACACAAAAGUAUCACAGAGUCUUAAAAUUGAUUCUCUUAGAAGGUUGAGAAAACCAGAGAGAAGCAUGAGCGAUGACAAAGAAAACCAAAGAUUUUAUUCAGGUGACUCGGAAUAUAGAGGAUUACAGAUUUCUGGGGCUUCUAAUAAUCCGAGUAAAAUUGUUGCUGAACUCUUCAAGGAAGCAAAAGAACAUGGGGCUGUCCCAUUAGAUGAAGCCUCAAGAGCAUCUGGUGAUUUCAGUAAAGCUAAGUCAUUUUCUGGUGGUGGAUAUAGAUUGGGUGACUCAUCACAAAAGCACUCUGAAUAUAUAUAUGGAGAAAAUCAAGAUGUUCAAAUUUUGCUGAAACUAUGGAGGAAUGGCUUCAGUUUAGAUGAUGGCGAGUUGAGAUCCUAUUCAGACCCAACAAAUGCUCAGUUUCUUGAGUCUGUUAAAAGAGGGGAAAUUCCUGUGGAACUGCAGCGACUUGUUCAUGGUGGCCAAGUUAAUUUGGAUAUGGAAGACCACCAAGAACAGGAAUAUGUGAAGCCUAGACUGCGAUUCAAAGCUUUCAGUGGCGAAGGGCAAAAACUUGGAAGCCUCACACCUGAAAUAGUCAGCACACCUUCUUCCCCAGAGGAGGAGGAGAAAUCCAUUCUCAAUGCGCCUGUUCUGAUUGAUGAUUCCAUGCCAGCAACGAAAAUUCAAAUUAGAUUAGCAGAUGGAAGCCGAUUAAUACAAAGAUUUAAUCAGACACACAGGAUUAAGGAUAUUCGAGAUUUCAUUAUCCAGUCCCGUCCAGCAUUUGCAACAACUGAUUUUGUUCUUGUGACUACCUUUCCAAAUAAAGAACUAACAGAUGAAAGCCUGACACUACAAGAAGCAGAUAUACUUAACACUGUGAUUCUUCAGCAAUUAAAGUAAUCUUACAGUUGUUGGUACAAUAUAGGGAGCAUGCUGUAUUGUCAUACAAUAUGUUUCCAACAGAUGAAAAAAGGAAAGAUCAGUGUCUUUUUACUCCCCCACUUCCACGGAUCAGACUUUUGGGUUUCAUGUCUUCCAGCUAUAGCAUAUCUAACUUUUUAAUUUUAAUUUCUCAACGUUGUUCAGCCUUUUUUCAGUGUUAAAAUUAAGCUUCCCUAUGUUAGUAUGUUUCAAACCACAUCUUGUACUAAAUGUAAAAUGAGAUAUGACUUUAUGACUCUUCAUUAUUUUGAGGGGUUGGGGGGAGAAGCAUUUUUCUGAAGGGGACAGUAUCUUUCAUAAAGUUGGUAAGAUUUGCACUAUGGAAAUGUUUUAUGCUGCAUUGACACACAGCCAUUUGAAAACUUAGCCUGUAGGUUAUGUUUACCUUCCAAGCUGUAUUAAUAUUAAGGUGUUCUGUUUAAUAAGUUGACAGAUAAUUAAUGCCCUAAUAUAAUUUUUGUAUAUUCUGUUUGUAGUGUUUCAUGGUGUAGUAUAAUAUUUAUAUUCUAGUUUUUAUGUAAUUUUGCAUAUAUUGUUGCUCAUAUGAGUGGAUCAGUUCAGGAGAUGCAAACCUCAGCUAUUGCAGACUAUAAUAGAUUGUUCUAAUUUGUAUUCUAGUUGUUCUACUUGUGGUGAAAAUAAGUAUGAAUUUUUUUCUUCUUGAAGCUAGAGAAAUGGGAGAAGCCACUGUCAUCUGGAGAAAUGCUAUGAUUUAGAUUUCAUGAGAGUAGGCCUGUGGUCACUUUGAACUUGAAUAUGCAGUUGAACCCUGUGCAGCUACAUGAUUCUUCACAUGAACAGUUACUUAACCCCAAACAAAAAAACCACCAAGGUGCACAAACACAGAAGUUGUUUAUGCUGUCACUUGCAUGCACAAAAGUAGACAUGUUAAUUGGUCGUGUAUUUUUGACCUGAAUUUCAGGUCUUUGUAUUUGGAAUUUUGGCCAAAGGCAUUUUGUAAUAUUCAGUGGGGAUUUGGUUGUGCAGCUUUCACUAUACUUGUUUGGAAGCUGUAUAGUUAAACCCCUUAAUCUUUGAAAUUAUAUAUUUUUUCAAAUAACUGGGCCCUACACUGCAGUAUGCAGGUAGGAAUCUUAUGUUGUGGGCAAACUGUCUGCUGUGCUUUAGUAGUAUGCAGUUUUAUAGUAUUUGUGGCUUUAUAUCAGAUGAGUGGAUCACACUCUGAAGGAGGGUAAAUGGGCUGUAUCUCUUGUACCGAUAUAUGUGUUAAAAAUGCUGUUUUCAGUGAUUAUUUUAUUCUGAAAAUAUCAAUACUUAUUUAUUUAUGCCAAGCUUAUAAUUGGUCAGUAUAUUUGAUUAAUCUUACAUUUUUACCUCAAAGUAGACAUUUGACUGAGUAAAUUUUAAAUGUGCAAUUGUAUUUGAAGUAUUUGGUUUUGUAAUCUGAAUAUCUGCAUGAUUUUAAUCAUAAUUCAUUUCACGUGCUAAGUAAUUAAAGUUUUAAACUAAAAAGACCAUAGGCAACACUUCUUGUUUUCUUCCCAAUUUAUGUUGUGAUGAAGUGGUGAUUGUGUUGCAUGCCAAAUGUUUAAGCCUAAACGGAAAGGAAUGGACACUUACUAUGCAUAUAUUUUAUAUAGUAACACUUCUUUAAAUGCAAGGCCAAAGUCAGUAUUCUGAUAGCGAUCUUGGGCAAUCUGUGGUUUGGGCAUAUUUCAGUUCAGAAUAUAGGUAAAGUUACAUUGCUUAUUACUUCUGAAGACCAUUAUUAAUUAAACACUGAUGUAUGAAGGACAGUCGUUAACUAAAUUGUUUUUUUUUCCUCUUAUUAUGCCAAAACCCCCAACUGCAUAUUAUCACAAUCUCUUUGUUUCAAAUAGCUGGUAAAUUUUACUGUUCAGUAGCAGCUGAGAGUAACUGGGGGUCCCAAUAGUUGACAUUAUUUUGUCAAGCACCAAGGGAAUGUAUCGAUGCUCAUGUUUAAAUAUUUCACUGCUUCUCAGUACUUUAAAACCUAUAGAAUCUUCCAUCUCAUAAUUUUAUGUCAUACCUUUUAUUAACAUUAAAUUCUCAUUCGUGUAGCUAACAUCUUGACAUUUUUGGCAUAAAAAAAGUUAUUUGAGUACAGACCUAUGUGGAUAUGCAGUUAAGACUGGCUACAAGGGAGAAGGGAGACUGAAACAAUGGAGAAGGAGCUUGGUAGAGGAUGAUGAUCUUUCCCUCAUAGCAAGGCUGUUGAGCUUCUUGGGAAUUCCUCUUAGCUUCCAUAAAAUACCGGUAAUA